AUGCCAUUUGGCGAUAGCAGCCUAACAAGGAUUCUCAGGACUAUCCGUCCAAAAAACAGCGUCUUAUGCACACCUAUUGGCCAAACAUCUAUCCGGAAUAGAUUAAUCUAUAGAAAUAAUCAUACGUUUUCUUGCGUAGGGAUAGGAAUGGGAGCAGUAACAGAAGGAGGACCAGCUAUCAGACAUAGUGCUACAAAACCACCUCUUUUAAACCAGUGCUAUAGCUGCUUUACAACACCAGCAUUGUUACCACUACCACCAUCAUCAUCGCUAUUACUGUUAUCAUCUAUCAGAAGGCCUACCAACUUGUUCGAAACAUGUCAAAGCUUUUUCCCACGCCAUGUAACGGCUAAGAGAGGCCUCAUACAGUGGACCAAACCUCGCCAAUUCGUAACAACAAUACCUCCUACACACAUAUUUUUAUCUUGUCGCCGUUCGCUGCUAACAUUUCGACAACAACACCAUGGACUAAAACAACAGAUUCGACAGAGAUCAUCAUAUAACAACUACAACAACUACAACAACUACAACAACUACAACAACUACAAUAUGCCGAGGCCUCCGAGGCCACCAAGGAGACCCAUUCGGUUUAUGUUCAAAGUGAUGAUCAUUUCUGCUGUGGUCGUGGCUGUACCGGUCAUAUUGAUGUUCGGAGCGCCCUUUGCCACCGUCCUCUUUAUUCCCGUCGUUAUUGGAGGCGUCUAUGGUGGGGCGUUAUUAUUAUUAACAGGCGGAAUCCUUUUCAUUCUCUUGCCCAUCCUCUUCCUCGGGGGAACGAUUUCGUCGAUAACCUAUGCAAUGCCCGCUAUGUUGGCCAACAGGGAUUUGGACAAAAUUUUGAAACGUGCUCAGAAACAAGCAGCAUCAGGGAUCUAUAGCUCUACACCUGCAUUGGAUCUGCUGGGUUCUGAAUGGGAGAUCCAAAGGGCAAGACCCAACCAAGAGUGGUUCCACUGGGUCUUCCCCGAGAAUGAGAGACAACUUGAUAGAGUCAGCAUUCGUUUGGGUCUCUUUCACUCAGACAAGCCAAGUGAUCAUCACAAAUGGGGUGAUACGGAAGAAAGUGGCAACAUUGGGACUUUUGUACAGGAUAAUGAUGUGUAUUGGAAUAAUAAUAACGACAUUGACAACGAUAAUGACAAGACCUCGUCGCUAUCAACUUCAACAUCAUUACCUUCAAUCUCUACCCCAAGGGGCAACUAUAAGAAUGUUUCGACAUUUGCAAUCAAUAACAUGCUCAUUAGUCAAGACCACGACCACCUUUUGAUCGAGGUUCAAGAUCAUGGCGCAAAAUUGUUAAACCAAAAAUGGGGAAAGAAAUAUUUGCAACUAGCUGGAAUUGUGAAUAAGGCUGCAGACGAGUUGGAGACUGUCGUUGACCCGGAACUGAAAUUGGGCGAUCAAGUUGUGCUGGUCCAAAAGAAAAACAGUAAAGAUUCGUUCUGGAGAAAGCUUUCAUACAAUAAGAUGGCCCUUCGCAUCCCCGUGAGUCGCACUUGGGUUCACGAUGUCACGGAUGAGUAA